AUGGAGCCCAAGCACCGGGAGCUGCUUGCCCAUUGUCAGCAGAGCCUGGCUCAGGCCAUGACUGAGGUGGAAGCCGUCCUGGGGCUGCUGGAAGCGGCCGGAGCCUUGAGUGCCGGGGACCGAAGGCAGUUGGAAGAGGAGACUGCGGCUACUGGAGGGGCUGGGGGCCCCGGGGCUAAGGCGGAGCUGCUGCUCAAACUCCUGCUCUCUAAGGAUCGAGACCACUUCCAGGACCUUCGCGUGGCCCUGGAGAAAACCCAGCCUCACCUGCUCCCCAUCCUUUACCUGAACGGAGUGGCUGGGGCCCCGCAGCCCUCGGAGGGGGCAGGAUCCACUUACAGUGUCUUGUCCAUCAUGCCCUCGGAUUCAGAGAGCAGCAGUUCCCUCAGCAGUGUGGGCACGACUGGAAAGGCGUCCUCUCCUCCACCCCCCAGCACAGACAGCAGGCAGGCGAAUGAGAAAGUGGAGAGCCUUUUGGUUCAAUUGAGGCUGAUCACCCGAGAGAGGGAUGAGUUGAGGAAGCGUCUGGCCUUGUCAUCGCCUGGUUCAACUUUUGACGACUGCAGGCCCUACCACAAGCUGAAUCCUGACUAUGAGAGGCUCAAGAUUCAGUGCAUGAGGGCCAUGUCGGAUCUACAGUCCCUCCAGAACCAGCACACUAAGACCCUGAAGAGAUGUGAGGAGGUCGCCAAAGAGGCUGACUUUUACCACACUCUCCACAACAGACUCCUGAGUGACCAGGCCCAGCUGAAGGAGGAUGUAGACACGCUGAGGAGGGAGAAUGGCCAGCUGCUGAGGGAACGGAACCACUUGCAGCAGUCCUGUGAAGACAUGAAACGGCUUCGAGAAGAGGACCAGAAGGAGAUUACUGACCUCCGGGCCCAGCAGCAGCAGGUUUUGAAGGAGAAUGGGUCAUCGGAGAUCCUCAACACACUGUAUGACACAGCCAUGGGCAAGCUGGAGGGACUGAAGAAGGACUACGAUGGGCUGAGAAAGCGGUACAAUGAGAAGGUCGCUAACCACAACACUGACCUGAGUCGGCUGGAGCAGAUGGAGGAGGAGAACAGGCGCCUGCAGAAGCAGACAGACACACUGGUGAAACAGAGAGACACGUCCAUCCACUUCCAGCAACAGUACUCCUUAUCCCUGAGGCGGUUUGAGUCAAUGCAGCAGGACCUGAACAAGGCAACGGUCCAGAACAAGGAACUUCAGCGGGAAAUGGAGCGCCUUCAGUCGGAGGUGACCCGGCUGAGGUCCAUGCAGCUGAAGGCUCUGAAGGAUGCAGAGAAGUACAAGGAGGAACGCGAUUCCGUCUUUAAUGAGUAUCAGCUCAUCAUGAGCGAGCGGGACCAGGUCAUCAAAGAGCUGGACAAACUUCAGACGGAGCUGGAACUGGCUGAGUCCAAAUUGAAAAAUACCACCUCUGAGAAGAGGGUGGCCAGUGAAGAGAUGGAAGCUCUGAGACAGAUACAGGAUUCAGCCACCCUGGACAUUGAGCGAGCCAACAAAGAGAUCGAAAUGCUCCGGAAGCAGUAUGAAGCCAUGUCCCAGGAGCUCAAGGAAGCCAUCCAAGAGGCAGAAGUGGCAAAAUGUAGGCGAGAUUGGGCCUUCCAGGAGCGAGACAAGAUUGUGGCAGAAAGGGAGAGUAUACGGACCUUGUGUGACAACCUCCGGCGUGAGAGGGACCGGGCAGUGAGUGACCUGGCUGAAGCCUUGCGCAACCUGGAUGACAUGAGGAAGCAGAAGAAUGAUGCUGGCAGAGAGCUAAAGGAGUUGAAGGAAAAGAUGGAGAACCAGCUGGAGAAGGAAGCCCGUUUCCGGCAGCUGAUGGCUCAUAGUUCCCAUGAUUCAGCCAUUGAUACGGAUUCUAUGGAGUGGGAAACGGAAAUAGUAGAGUUUGAAAAGGACAGAGAGGAUAUGGAUUUGAAGGCACUUGGAUUUGAUGUGGCAGAAGGUGUGAAUGAACCUUAUCUCCCUGGGGACUGUGGCAUUUUUGUCACUAAAGUAGACAAGGGAAGCAUUGCAGAUGGUCGGUUAAGGGUGAAUGAUUGGCUGCUCAGAAUCAAUGACGUGGACCUUACCAACAAGGACAAAAAGCAGGUGGUCAAGGCUGUCCUCAGUGGUGGAGGGGUCAUCAACAUGGUGGUCCGGAGAAGGAAGUCCCUGGGAGGGAAAGUGAUAACGCCUCUUCACAUUAACCUGGCCGGACACAAAGAGAGUGGCAUCAGCCUCGAGAACGGUGUGUUUGCUGCUGCUGUUGUUCCCGGAAGCCCUGCUGCUAAAGAAGGGUCCCUUACAGCGGGAGACAGGAUUAUUGCCAUUAAUGGCAUUGCACUAGAUAACAAGUCUCUGACUGAAUGUGAAUCCCUACUCCGGAAUUGCCGGGAUUCCCUGACCCUCUCACUUAUGAAGGCACAGAAAUACACUCCAGCCCCUGAUGAACACUUCACUCCAGAGCUCCAGGAGUGGAUCCCGUAUUCCCCGAAGCGUUCCUCUAGGCACAGCGAUGGCUUCGUCCCUAUUUACUCUGGUGGAGUAUCUGCAGGCACUGUUCCAAGGAAUUUAGCCCCAUGCCCUGCAGUGACAGCCAUCAUGAGGAACCCUAUCUACACGGCGUGGAGCCAUCGAGUUCACCCCAACAGCUGCCAGUCUGCUGCUGGUCAGAUGCACCAUCAGCACUUGCAUCCCAGUGCACAACACCAAGGCCGCCUGAGCCUGGACCUGAGUCACAAGCACUCCAGCGACUACUCAGACACCUCAAGGACGAGAACCUCUCAUGGGUCCAACUCAUUACCAUCUAGUGCCCGACUUGGAUCUUCAAGUAACUUGCAGUUUCGGACAGAACGCAUCAAAAUUCCCUUAACACCAAGAUACCCUCGAUCUGUCAUGGGCUCUGACAGAGGGUCCUUGUCACACUCUGAAUGCAGUAGCCCUAGCCUGAUUACUCCUCCCCAGUCACCCUUGAACCUAGAGACCUCAUCUUUCGCCAGUAGCCAGUCCCAGAGCUCUCUCUCCACGCUGCCCAGGAUCGCUAUCAGCCCAGCAUCGAUAGGGGAGCGAAGGAAGGACAGGCCUUACAUGGAGGAGCCUCGCCAUGUCAAAGUGCAAAAAGGUUCAGAGCCACUGGGAAUUUCCAUAGUGAGUGGGGAAAAUGGCGGCAUCUUCGUUUCAAAAGUAACCGGAGGAAGCAUUGCUCAUCAAGCUGGUCUAGAGUAUGGAGAUCAGUUACUGGAGUUCAAUGGCAUUAACUUGAGAAAUGCCACAGAGCAACAGGCCCGGCUGAUCAUUGGUCAGCAGUGUGACACCAUCACUAUCCUGGCCCAGUAUAACCCACACAUGUAUCAGCUUGGCAACCACUCGAGGUCCAGCUCUCGACUGGAUCCUGUGAGCACUCAUUCCAAUCCUCAGGGCAGUGGGUCUGCCACUCCAGACAGCCAUUCCAUCAUUGACACAGUGAGUGAGCAGGAUGAGGGGACCAUAACGCCAACAUCCAAGCAGACCACCCCUACCACCAGCCCACGGAAUUCCAUCAGGGUCCUGGCAGAUUCCAAUAAAAGACCCCCAGAACCUCGAGUUGUCAUCAUCAAAAAGACCCAGGUGGAACUCGGUGUGCAGAUAUGUGGAGGGAACCUACAUGGGGUGUUUGUGGCUGAUGUGGAGGAUGAUAGCCCUGCCAGUGGUCCUGAUGGUCUUGUGCCAGGGGACCUUAUACUGGAGUAUGGUUCUGUGGACAUGAGGGAUAAAACAGCUGAGGAAGCCUACCUUGAGAUGCUGAAACCUGGAGAGAAUAUUCGUGUCAAGGUGCAAUAUCGCCUGGAGGACUUCAACAAGGUCAAGGACGUUCCAGGGGAUGGAUUCUACAUUAGGGCUCUGUAUGACCGUCUGGCAGAAGUGGAUCAGGAGCUGAGCUUCAAGAAGGAUGACAUCCUCUAUAUUGAUGACACCCUUCCCCAGGGGACGUUUGGCUGUUGGAUGGCAUGGCAGCUUGAUGAGAAUGCCCAGAAACUGGAAAGAGGCCAGAUCCCCAGCAAAUACAUCAUGGACCAGGAGGUCUCCCGGAGGCACAGCAUGUCUGAAGUCAAAGAUGAAAACAGCUCCUCAAAGACGUUGUCGGCUGCUGCACGGAGGUCCUUCUUUCGAAGAAAACAAAAGCAUAAACGGAAUGGAUCUAAGGAUAGCAAAGACUUGUUGGCUCUGGACACCAUCAGCACAGACUCCAUUCCCUUCCUCGAGGAUUCGGUCAGCCUAGCUUAUCAGCGGGUGCAGAAGGUGGAUUGUACUUCUCCAAGGCCUGUUUUGAUCCUAGGACCUUUACUUGAUGCUGUGAAGGACAUGCUAGUGAAGGAGGCUCCUGGGAAGUUUUGCAGAUGUCCUCUGGAGGUGAUGAAGGCAUCCCAACAAGCCAUCGAGCGAGGGGUCAAAGAUUGCCUGUUCAUUGACUAUAAAAGGAGAAGCGGCCAUUUCGACGUGACUACUGUAGCAUCAAUAAAGGAGAUAACAGAUAAGGACUGCCACUGUCUCCUGGACAUCGGUCCACACGCCAUCGAGCGGCUGCAUAGCAUUCACAUCUACCCCAUCGUCAUCUUCAUCCGCUAUAAGAAUGCUAAACAGAUCAAAGAACAGAGAGACCCUAUCUUCCUGAGGGACAAAGUCACACAGAGACAUUCCAAAGAACAAUUUGAGACAGCUCAGAAGAUAGAACAGGAAUACAGCAAGUAUUUCACAGGUAUCGUCCAGGGAGGAGCCCUUGCUAACAUUUGCACUCAGAUCUUGACAACUGUAGAUGAAGAACAGAAUAAAGUCCUGUGGAUCCCAGCCUGCCCGCUCUAGACAGACAUUUUGCUGUGAAAUGCAGAACAUAUUCUUCCAAUGUAAAUAGGUGGCCAGACUUUAAGUAUAUAUAUUCAGACAGUUCUUCAUGAAGGGGAUUGAGACACUAAAGUGGAAAACCAAAAACACCUGCUCAAAUGGCUGAAUGAGACCGAAGCUUGGCCAGCGGAAUUAAUUUCUCUCUCGUUUGUUCAAUUUUCCUUUUUUUUUUUUUUUAAAAAAAAAGAGAGAAAGAGAGAAAGACUUGUAAUAUGAUGGGGGUACAAGGUAGACCAGCCUUUUUUUUUUUUUUUUUUUUUUUUUUUUAUUUUAGCCAGCAGAUUAUCAAUGCUGCAGAACGAACCUUCUAGAUUCACAAGUUUACAAACCUUUUCUAAGUAUUUGGUUGUUUAUGUUUACUUGAAUGUCCUUGUGUCGUCGUGACCUGUUGCCUUCUUGGCCCUUUUUCUCCCGCUGUCUUCAUCUCCUAUUCUUGUAUUUCUCUUAUCCAGUCUGUCUUUUUUUUUUUUUUUAAUGCUUAUUCUCAGUGAAGCUACACUCUGGAAUAGAAGGGAGAGGGCACUCCAAGAGGGGGGCAGUCUGGGUGGGAUCAGGGAAGCAGGGAUUUGGUGGGCUUUGGAAACCUUGGUGGAAAUUCUCCUGGAAGCUCUGGAAUCGAAUUUGGGGUAAGUUUGCGGGUGAUCCUUUUGCCUAUUUAAGGUGGCAGAAUCAGUGCCCAUUUUGGAUGUGUAUUUGGCAGUGGAGAAGCCUCUCCUGUCCUUUGGAAUUAUUUUAAAUUCAUCUGGUUGAAAACGCUUCUCUCUGCCCUUCUCUCCUCCACUCUCCCUGCAUAGAUUUCAUAUUUAAAGACCAUAAUAUGAUCUGAUCAUUCUGAACUUAAUUUGUUAAGUAAUAAAAUAAUCAGUUUGGCUUUGGGGACUGGUGGUAGUGGGAGGAGGGAGAAAGCCAGGCAGUUAAGUCAGUCCAGUGCAUGCCGUUCUGUCGUUUUUUAAAGUCUGUAAAUAUCAAUAGCUUUUACUAGUGCAAUUUCGCAGGGUAUUUCUUCAUUCUUUGUUCUUCAGUGUGUAGCAGUCGCAUAAUCUCAUUUUGUUUUGUUUGAAGGAAAAUUUUGUUAUGAAAAUGGUCACAGUUUGGGGCUUUGGAUCAAAAAGCCUUUGGUGUAGUGUUCGCACUGUCUGGAAUCAGUAAAUAAAAACCAAGGGGUUUUUUAUUUGUUUGUUUUUGGCAUCGCUUGCAACAUGCAGUCACACUGUGUACCCAGCUCUGUGAUAAAACACCAUCUUGGAUUUGUUUUUGCACUUUGGGAGCUUAAUUAGCCCUGGAAGAAGAUUGUGUGUCCCUCCUCCAUCAACUAUGCGUUGUCUUUGUAGGUACUGUAUUCUCUUUGGGUUAUCCCAGUUUAAUUUGAAGAGGCUUUAUGGACUGUUCUUUACAUUUCAUUUUUCUAACAAGAAGUCUUAAAAAUUUUUUUUUUUAGUACUAGACUACAGGUUGUAGUUUUGUGUUUAUUUGCGUUUUUUAAAAAAAAUUAAAUAAAAAAGGGAUUUUUUUUCUUGCACAGUUCCUCAAAAGAAAGAACUAUAUCAGUCCUGAAUAUUGUUCCUUGUUUUACAGGUACACAUUUUCUAGCUCAAACUACUUAAAAAAGCAAAAAUAUAUAUAAAAAAAAAAAGUUAAAAAAAAACACCUUAACUGUAGAUUAUGUAUUGAUGCAUUACCUAAACUAAAUAGUUUUCAUAUUGAGGGGUAGCAGGGUUUUUUCUUUGUUUGUUUGUUUGUUUGUUUUGGUGUUUUGUUUUUUCUUCCCCUGAGUUGUGGAUAGAGUUGGACUUUGGUACGAUUAAAACAGACAGGUACUGUUCUGACCAGGAUUUUCUGUACUAAAAAAAAAAAAAAUGUCACUUUGUAUAAAAAAAAACCAAAAAGUUAAAAACACUGAUUAGUAUGAUAAAUAAAGGUCAAUUUCUGUAA